AUGUGGAAAACUCUUCUGUUGUUGGCGUCGGUUGUACCUCCAGCUCUGGCUGGUAUGUACGCGGAGCCAGUGGUACAUCUGGAUGCUAAGACUUUCAAGAAAGCCAUGGCGACGGAACAUGCUUCUAUGGUGGCCUUUGUAGCUCCUUGGUGUGGUCACUGUCGAAAUCUAGGACCAGAAUAUACAUCCGCCGCUCAAUCCCUUUCCCCGCUCAUCCCCUUCUACGCAAUCGACUGCGACGAUGAUCUGAACAAACCCCUCUGUGCGGAAUAUGGUAUUCAGGGGUUCCCAACUAUCAAAGCUUUUCCUAGAGCUGGUAAAGGUGCUGCGAGGGAUUACACUGGGGAGAGAAAGAAAGGGGCGUUGAUAGAGUAUGCCAAGGGAUUAGUCCCGGACCGAGUGAAGAAAUUACGAGCUGAAGGAUCUCUGGACCAAGUCAUUGGAGGAUUUCUACGGGAGAAAUCUGACAUUCCACAUGCUCUCCUAGUCCAUCCCUCCACACCCAGCAUACCAUUCCUCUGGAAAGUCCUAGGUCAUCGUUUCUCCUCCAAAAUUCAUAUGGGUUAUAUCAAAGAUACUCCAUCACAUGAGGUUCUCUCCCUCUUGGGAUUAUACGAUCCCAAGGAAACCACGCGUGAUGGAGCUAGAACCAUCAUCUUCUCUCCCGGUGCGUCCCUCUCAGAUGGGCAGGAGUAUGAUGGUGUGUUGAAAUUCAACGGAUUACUGGAAUGGCUACAAUCUCAUCUGGACGGUACAGCCUCUACUAAAAAGACAUCUCGAGUCAAGUCUGAAGAGGACGUUCCGGAAUCAGAUAAAGCGGGGGAGAAGCAGAAAGAGGUAAAGGCCGGUGAUGCGGCUGAGGAGAGAAGAAAGAGGCUGGCAAAGCUUGAAGAAGCAGAAAAGCGGGAUAAAGCCAGGAGAGAGAAAGCGAAUAAAGUGAAUGUGGCUGAACCUCCUUCACCCGAGUCUUCCCCGGAUCCAGAGACGAGUCUGGAAGUUGAAGUAGAGACUGAGAAGGUGGACCCGACGGGACAUGUUGGAGGGGAACUGUAA